AUGUACCAGCAUCUAAGUGGUACUCACACAAAGGUACCUUGGAGGAGAAUUGUAUGUAACAACUUGGCUACCACUAAAAGUGUGUUUAUCCUAUGGCUUGCAAUGUGGAGAAGGCUCACUACCAUAGAUAAGCUUCUAACUUGGAUAGUUGUCACUUCUGAUGUUUGUCUGAUGUGUGGUUCUGGUUCUGAGUCUAGGGUGUUGGACUUCUUGCACUUCACAAGACCUGUUGCUGGGUUCACUGCAGAAGUCAAGUGGAUGAUCAAGAGUAGCAAGAGAGGUAAAGGUAGACAUAAGAUGUUGUUGAUGUUCUUUGCAGAGAGUGUUUACUCUUUAUGGCUGAACAGAAAUAGUAAGGUUUAUAACCAACGUAAAACUGCUACUGAACUGUUCAAAGAAAUUCAGUUCAGAGUAGCUAGUAGAGUAUCUAAUGAGCUUAGUGAUAGGUUAUGA